AGAAAAGGGAAUGGUGCUGCUGCAGCAUCUGCACAUUUGCAUAUUCACAUCCAAACCUGCUACAACAUAAAAAACUGGCCAUGGUUUCUCUAUCUACUUGGUGCCGCUACAUUGCCCACAAGCUCGAAUACUCCAUUUCUAUCAGUUGGAAGAGCUAUAAAGGAGGUCAAAUCAGUGACAGAGAAGUAGGUGAUGUUGUUUGGAAAAAUUUAUUUCAGGGAAAGUUGACAUACCUGCAUUGGAAUAAAGGAGGGGAGAUGGCCCCCACUAUAGGGGAGCAAGGAGGAACUCUUCUUGUCCGGAAAUUGCCAGCUGCUGAUCCAACGCGUGUUUUUGUUGGGGAUGUUGUGGUCUUGAAAGACCCUGAAGAGUCAGAUAAUUUUUUGGUUAGAAGAUUGGCUGCAGUUGAAGGGUAUGAAAUGGGCUCUACUGAUGAAAAAGAUGAGCCUUUUGUUCUUGAAAAAGAUCAGUGCUGGGUGUUGUCUGACAAUGAAACUUUGAAGCCCAAGCAAGCAAAUGACAGUAGAAUAUUUGGCCCAGUCCCCAUGUCGGAUAUAGUUGGUAGGGUCAUAUACUGCCUGAGAACAGCUGUGGAUCAUGGCCGUGUGCAGAACAGCCAUUUCAGCAUGCGAAAGGAUACACCCGUGUUGGAAAUUGAACUGGAUGUUGAUGAGAUGGCAAGGCGUCACAAGACAUAGACCAUUCCCACCUUGCUUAAACUCAUUUGGUUUGUGUUAGAUGUUGAUGAGAUGACAAGAAGUCACAAAAACCAUAUACCAUUUCCACCUUCCCGACUUAUUUGGUUGGCAUGUAUUGUUUUCCUCCCAUUUCUCUUAGAGGACAUCUUUUUUUUUUUUUUUUCUUUUUUUUUCUUUUUGGUCUUAGAAGUAAAAAGGCAUAAUAAAAGAUGGAGUCUUCUCUAUUUCAACAGUUUUAUGGCACUGUUGUUGUAGAUAUCUUUGAUCAGGUAUGGUAGUCGGGUCUUUCUCUCCAACUGAUGAAUUAGAGGCAGCCGUCAGGUCUGUCUUCAACUGAAGAACUGCAGCGGACUGUUUCUAUCUUGAGUUAAAACUGUAUCUAACAUUGCUUUGGAAAUUUGAAUGAUAAUAUUGGCUGAGAAGCUAGCAGAAAAGGUCACUACCAAGUUUAUGGAUUGCUUAUAUUGGGACAUUGGAGUGUCUCUAGCUCCACCUUCCUAUUUUGGGCUUGCACUGAUCAUGCUUCAACAUGUGACCCCUGUAUUUUUACUUUGGAAUACCCUUAUGCGUGUUCCUACAAAUUUUUUUCUCUAUUCAUACAUUUUGGGGUGAAUCAUGGAACA